UCUCAUUUUUUUUUUUUUUUUAAGUCUCCCCCUUUUUCUCUCGCUCUCUCCCACUUUUUUCUCUCCACUCUCUCCCACUUUUUCUCUCUCCCCCUUUUGCUCUUUCUCUCUCCCUUUUUCCCUACCUUUCUUGUUUAUUUCCUUUAUCUCAAUACAGCUACAUGGCCUGGUUCAGGACAUACCAAGUAAAGCCGGGGACCUCAAUGGCCACUUCAAGGUCUAUGUCCAACUCAGGGACACAGCAACAGCUGUAGAGCCUCCUAAUCCAUCUGCCGAGCCAUCAGAUCAGGAGUUGCUGUCUAUCUGCCUGGGUUUUGACCAAGGUACACUAUGUUGUGGCACUUUAUUGUUUAUUUCUGUUGAGAAGAAUAUACAUAUGAAAUGACCUUUCCCCUAAUAACUAUCUGUUGUUGUUAGCAUUAACGGGAUACAUUUUAAAGUAGUAAGGUAAGUGGUAAAUUGUUAAAACACCUCCUUCCUAGCUGGGCUUAGAAAUCACUGUAGAAUUUCUAAUUGUUGCAUCCAUUUUGCUUGACACAUAAAAAUCCUUCCUCAUCUUUUUGUGGAAUGAUGUGUUUACUGUAGCUUGUCUUGUCACCAUUCCAACCUGUAUUUCAGUCUGCAUCACUUUGCUUGGCCUAUUCCUUGCUUGUAGAUGUCUACCCACUAUACAUCUAUCGUUUGUAGCUUUUAAAUGUAGAUUGUGUUUAACCCAGAUUCCUAACCUCUACCACUGAUAACACUGAUCAAAACUAAACCAAAGUGCAUUGUCUGUCAACAGGCUGUUAACAUGUUUUGAAGCUGAAGCUCUAUUCUAAUUGAAUAAUUUCACUUGUUUCUCUGAAAUAUUUUGUGAGACUAACUCCUGUGCUCCUGUAGCAGGUCCUACUGCCACCGCACCCCCUGCUGUGCUAGCUCCUACUGCCACCACACCCCCUGCUAUGCUAGCUCCUACUGCCACCACAACCCCUGCUAUGCUAGCUCCCACUGCCACCACAACCCCUGCUAUGCUAGCUCCUACUGCCACCACACCCCCUGCUGUGCUAGCUCCUACUGCCACCACACCCCCUGCUGUGCUAGCUCCCAAAGGAGCAGCAAGAGUGGGUCAGUCGGGCCAUUUUCAUAAGAGACAAGCAGCUCAAAUGUGUCCUGAAAAGCCAGCUUGAGCUGUGGUACUCCCCUCCUCUGCCUCCUAACCACAGCCAUAAGUCUCCAGCUUCUCCCUCCGGCCAUUCUGCCUCUGGAUGCCCUACCGCCUGUGGACCUUUAAGUUUGUGUGCGCCCAGCCACAGUGCGCCCAGCCACAGUGCACCCAGCCACAGUGCACCCAGCCACAGUGCACCCAGCCACAGUGCAAGCGUCAAAAUCUCACAGGCUGUGGGGUGUACAAGACAGUCCGGAGGGUGCUUGACAUGGACGGCUGGUAUUAUAUGGGGACAGAGUAUUCUUACAGAGGUUGGUAUUAUAUGGGGACAGAGUAUUCUUACAGAGGCUGGUAUUAUAUGGGGACAGAGUAUUCUUACAGAGGCUGGUAUUAUAUGGGGACAGAGUAUUCUUACAGAGGCUGGUAUUAUAUGGGGACAGAGUAUUCUUACAGAGGCUGGUAUUAUAUGGGGACAGAGUAUUCUUACAGAGGCUGGUAUUAUAUGGGGACAGAGUAUUCUUACAGAGGCUGGUAUUAUAUGGAGACAGAGUAUUCUUACAGAGGCUGGUAUUAUAUGGGGACAGAGUAUUCUUACAGAGGCUGGUAUUAUAUGGGGACAGAGUAUUCUUACAGAGGCUGGUAUUAUAUGGGGACAGAGUAUUCUUACAGAGGCUGGUAUUAUAUGGGGACAGAGUACCUGGAGUGCCGCCUCUGUAAGAAGCUACUAGCAGGAUGGUCGCUGGAGGUCUUGAACCAGCUGGACACAAGUCAUCGCUCCAUGUUCCCAGCCAUCUUGACUUACAGGCUGUCCUGUGACCUGAAGGUGGUCACACCUCCUCCCUUUUUGGAUGUGCCCUCAGCCCAGUGGCUGCUGACUGUCCACGGCUACGACGUUCUGUUCCAGCUAGAGGACUUCAAGGCCAGAGUCACCUCCAUCUUUGGGUCCAUCCUGAAGAUGGAUUCAACCAAGAAGGUGACCAAGAAACUAGCUGGGACAGCAGCGUGGGCCACAAAUGUUGUCAAUGAGUACGGCCAGGUGCUCAUUAAGGUCCUCACUGACAGCGAAGGAGAGGGUCUGCUCGACAUGGCAGCUGGCCUCCAGCAGCGCUACAGUAGAUCUUUCCACCUCCACCACUUCAUUCCUUGUAUUUUAAAUGUAAAACUGGGUCAUGUCGUUAUGUCAUGUUGUGUGUUAACAGCUGUGUGCAUGGGAGGAGUUAUUAUUUCUUCUUCAUGUUGUCAUCAUCUACAUCGGCUGAUGUAAAAAGGGCUUUAUAAAUACAUUUGAUUGAUUGAUUGAUUGAUCUACAGG